CCGCCGCCGCUGCUGUUGCCGCCGUAGUUCUCAUCGACAUCGCCGUGCGUACUAUACCAUCCGCGGCACCGCGCGGCAGACACGACCAUCGCGAGUGUGUACGGUGUGUGAACGUGUGCGCGCGUGUGUGUGAGUGUGAGUGCGUUUUUUUUUUUGUUAUUUAUUUAUUUAAUUUUUUUUUUGUCCACUCGUAUAUUUUUCGGCGCCCGCGAGUGUUUUCGCCGUCCACGGGUGUGCCGGGGAAAAGUCGAUUAGUUAUUUUUUUUUUUAACCCGUCGAAAAUACCGUUCGGGCCGCCGUUCGUAUUUUUCGGAAAUAAUAGUCCGUCGUCGGAGUCGUCACUGUUAUAUAUUACGAUGAUAUACGUAUAGAUCGUCCGCCCGGCUGUCUGCAGUGUAUAGUGUACCCUUUUUGCCGUCCGCAAAGGAGUCGGUGCGGAUUUUCCAGCAUCUGGUACGGGAAACGGUGACGGUGGCGGAGGAGGAAAAAUAAUAUGAUAUGAGAAAAGCGAAAAUCGCUCAGAGAUCCUCGCCCUAGCCCCGUCUGGUAUAUCUAUCGUAUAAUACGGUAUAAUAUUGUAAUAUUAUAAUACACGCCGACCGACCGCUUGUCCGCCGCAUCGCUCGCGCGCGUGUUUGUGUUAACGCGAAAGUGAGAGUUUGGGUUCCUUCCGGUUUCGGCCGUCCGUACGAGAACGAAAUAAAAUACUAUGGUUUACGCCUGUAGGAUUCUAUUUGGAUUACCAUCAUGUACGCCACGGCCAAAUGAUGUAUGAUACUGACUCUGAGUGCGGCAACGCCGCACCACUGACCUUGCACUAUGGCAACCACCACGUUUACCUGAUGGCGGAAAUCCAACAGGCUGGCGACGAGCACUCAGACAUGGAGUUGAUGUGUGAGCAGGGCGCCACCAUCAGGGCCCACUCGCUGGUGCUGGCUUCCGUCAGUCCGCUUGUUCGGCGGCUGCUCAAGGAGGACAACGUGUGCAUGUACCACAACCUGGUGCUCCAGUUCCCGGAGAUCAAGGAGUCGCACAUGAAAACGGUGCUGGACUUCAUUUACACCGGGCAGGCCAGCGUGUUGGAGAACGAAUUUGACGAGGUAGUUAGCUUGUUGAACUUGUUGGAGAUUCGGUCAGACACGUGGCAACGGGCUAUGUACGAGUCGGCGUCGUCAUCGUCCCCACCGCCACCCGGUCAACCACCGUCAGCUGCGUCAUCGGACGUGUCUGUAAGGACGGAUCCAGAAAACCUGUCACCAGCGUCUCGGUGUGAAGUACACCCCAAAAAGCGACGAAGACGGUCGUCUGUGCCCGUAAACUUGUCAAUCGAUACGAAAAACGACGAGGAUACAGCUGUCACCCAAUCUAACUGGCGGGUAUCUAAAUUCGAGGAGAGUCACCGGAAGUUGAGGAGGCGAAGCAGUUCGCCGUUCGACGACUAUGCGCAUCACCACGAACGCGAAUACCACCACAACGGUUUCCAACCAUUCCCAAAACGUGAACCGCAUUGGGUGGAAACCGAAUAUCGGAGUUCACAGCUUCAGUACAGUUGUGAGGUAAACUUACCGUACAUGGACCCAGCGGAACCGAACUUGGAUCCUGAGAUCGAAGAGACGAAUGAUUCGGAUAGUAAGGACGCGAGGCUGAAUCCCGCCGACUAUGUGGUGACCCCGAGGAAGCGAAAGAAACAGCCAGGGUUCCAGAACUCUCCAGCCCAAAACCCGCCGUUCGUGCCCAUGUACUUCCACGAGAUGGCGUUUAGGCACCAGAAGAUCACGCAGUCGCUCAGCUCCUUCGUGCAUCACCCAUUCGGGUCCACGCCACAGCCACCGCUGACCCAGCCACGGACCACGGACGACGGCGACCGGGACACGCCACCGCACAGGACGCCCAUCUACAUGGGCCGGUCCAGAUCUCAGGACUCCGGCGUGUACAGACCGCCACCGCCGCCGCCGCCGCCCCAGCUGCAGCCGCCACCGCCACCGCCGUCGGACAACGACUGCAGUCCGCCUCCACCGUCGUCCGGACAAUCAACGCAGUCGUCGUCGUUCGGCGGUUUCUCUGAAAAUGGGUCACCCUGGAAGCCAUCGUCUGAUGUGAAACCGAUGGCGCUGUCGUCGGAACCGGCGGCCGAAGUGCAGCACCAGCACCAGACGCACCAGCACAGCUCGCCAGCGUCAGCGGCCGGACCGGCGUCCGCGGCGUCGUCGUCCGACACGGAGGACAAGUCGUCGGGCUGCGCGGGCGGCGCGGGCCGCGAGUACAAGUGCACGUACUGCGGCAAGCAGUUCGGCAUGAGCUGGAACCUGAAAACGCAUCUCCGCGUGCACACGGGCGAGAAGCCGUUCGCGUGCCGCCUGUGCGUGGCCAUGUUCAAGCAGAAGGCGCACCUGCUCAAGCAUUUGUGCUCGGUGCACAGGAACGUCAUAUCGCCGGGCACCAGCGCCGCCGACCAGGAGACGGCCGCCGCGUUCAACUGCUGCUUCUGUCAGAUGACGUUCGACACGCUCCAGCAGCUGGUCCGCCACUUUUCCGGGCCGCACAACAACCUGCUGCUCACCAAGAACCUGAACGCCUGACCGAACGCCGACCGAGCUCUUUUCUCUCGGGGCGGCGGCGGCGGCGGCGGCUCCGUUUCACGUCUCGCGGAUUUUUCUCUGAUAAUAACGAUAACAAUGAUAUUACAUAUUGUUAUUAUGUGAUACAAACUUUCAGCGGACAAGACGUGCCGUACCUCCUCUAUGUUAUACAGCUUUUUUUUUUACAAUUAUUAUUAUUAUUAUCAUUAUUAUUAUUACAUGUACAAAAAAAAAAAAACAACCCGUUUUUCGUAAUUAUUUUUACCAGCUGUUAUCGUAUUAUUAUUAUUAUUAUUAUUAUUAUUAUUAUUAUCACUAUCAUCGUCGCUGUUCUCGUCGUUGUUAUAUUGUUAAUUUUUAACGCGUGAAAAUAUUCGACCGGAUAUAGCGGUUUUAAUCCGGACCCGACCUGUUUUGCGCUUUCGGCGUGUAACGCUCUGUAUUAUUGCCGCUGUCCGUCAUCAUUCAUUCGCAGGCGCCUAUUAUACACUCCGACGUGUCUCUCGUAGACCUUUUUUGUAUAAAAUAUGAUAUCUUAAUUCAGUGCAAUAUGUCACGCUCCCAUCGCCGGCGGAGUCGGAAUAGACAACUUCAAAAACUCCGUGACAUCGUCCGAAAAGUGUUCAUCGCGAUGUAAUUUAUUGCCAACGUUUUCUGAUUGUAUAAUUAUUAUUAUACUUCCUACGUGUUCACUAAUAUUUAUAUAGAUUUAAGUGGCAAACUCCAAAUCACGUAUACUCGUCGUUGGGUAGGUACUUACGCAUUCCAGUCGCCAACGGAGUUCGGGAAAAAAAUUAAAAUCAACGACGACGACAGCAACGCACGACGAUAUCGUUUUGCCGACGUGUGUGACGCGCGCGACUAAAUACUAAAUGUAUAGAUACUUAAUUCGUAGGGAAAAUUAAGAUCUCUAGAAAUGAAUAAUAUGAGCGGUUAUAUAUAUAUAUAUAUAUUAUAUACGUUUAAGUUUAAGUAGAAUUACUGUAUAAUAUUAUGAUAAACUACGUCCUAAAUCGAUCGUUACCUUUAUGUUUAUAAAACAAAUUAAUUAUUUAAUGAUAUAAUAAUAUUAAUAAUAGUGUAACAAUUUUAACAGAAACAUUAUAAUAUUAUAAAAUAUAAUACGACCUAUGUAUUGAUGUUUGCGCGCAAAUACGUGAACUGCAAAGAUUUGACGAUUUUUUAUGCGUUCAAACUGCCGUCGAAUCUCUGCAGCGAUGCACCGUGCAACUUAUUCUCGGACCGACUUAUUCGACUCAGUGCGGCCCUCCACUACUCCAACAAUCGCGUAUAACGACAUCCGCGUGAUAUCCAAAAAAAAAAAAAAAUAUAUUCACGACAUACAUCCCCAAAACAGACGCUUUCGGACUCGGCCACGAGCGAGAUAAUAUUUUGUUGGUCGUACACGAUCUCGGUGCAGGUGUCGACUGCGCGAAAUCGAAGUAGAUACUUAUUUAAUUUUAGACGCAUAAUAAUUGCCUAUAAAACUUGUACAUAGUAAAUUUAUGUAUUAUAUAUAUAAAUAUAUACCAUAAAAUCCAUAAUAUUUUUUCGCGUAUAAUAUUACGAGUUUUAUGAAUGAAAAAAAAACAACAAUGUGUACAUAAUUUAUAGUAUUGUUACGGUAAUAAUAGUGAAUAGCAAUUAUAAUAUUAUGUAUUGUAAUGCGCAUUACACGAUGUAUAAAUUAAAACGCGUAUUAAUAUUAUAAUAUAUAGUGACGCGUGAUCGAAACUAGUCAUAAUUUAUUCACUAAGAUGUGUACGAAAUGUAAAAAGAUAAAAAAGAUAUUGCUUGUAAAUAUGUACUACCCUUAAACAACACCAACCGUGUUUGUAAAUAUUAAAUAUAACGAAUAAACGGUUUACUAAAACUUUUACUCGA